AUGAUGGCGGCGAUGCUCGCGCAGGCCUACGGCGGAGGAGGAGUGGGGGGGGCGGCGGCGGCGCCUCCCGGGCUGGUUUUGAACGGCGAGCAGGCGGCGCUGCUGAGGAGGAAGAGCGUCAACACCACCGAGUGCGUCCCGGUGCCCAGCUCCGAGCAUGUGGCCGAGAUCGUAGGGAGGCAGGGUUGCAAAAUCAAGGCCCUGAGAGCCAAGACCAAUACUUAUAUCAAGACCCCUGUCCGUGGAGAAGAACCCAUUUUUGUCGUCACGGGACGCAAAGAAGAUGUAGCCAUGGCCAAAAGGGAAAUUCUUUCUGCCGCCGAACACUUCUCCAUGAUAAGAGCUUCGCGUAACAAAAACGGCCCGGCUCUGGGAGGACUAUCUUGCAACCCCAACCUGCCAGGGCAAACCACGGUUCAAGUCAGGGUGCCUUACCGUGUUGUUGGGCUCGUGGUUGGCCCUAAAGGUGCAACGAUCAAAAGGAUCCAGCAGCAGACUCACACCUACAUAGUUACUCCCAGUAGAGACAAGGAGCCCGUCUUCGAGGUCACCGGCAUGCCUGAAAACGUCGACCGUGCCCGCGAAGAGAUAGAAAUGCACAUUGCCAUGCGCACUGGAAACUACAUUGAACUCAACGAAGAAAACGACUUCCAUUACAACGGUACGGAUGUGAGCUUUGAAGGGGGGAACCUGGGAUCGGCUUGGCUUGCUUCCAAUCCAGUACCUCCUCCGAGCCGCACCAGGAUGAUUUCUAAUUACAGAAACGACAGCUCCAGUUCUUUGGGAAGCGGCUCCACCGACUCCUACUUUGGAAGCAAUAGGUUGGCUGACUUCAGCCCGACGAGCCCAUUUAGCACAGGCAAUUUUUGGUUUGGAGAAACGUUGCCUUCUGUAGGGGCAGAAGAUCUUGUCGUUGACUCUCCCGCGUACGACUCCUUACCAACACCUUCUCAAACCAUCUGGACACCUUUUGAACCCGUCAACCCAGUCUCCAGUUUUGGUAGCGAUCCCGCCAGUAACGUGAAGGCUCCGCGGAGAGGGAGUCAGCCAUCCACCCCUCGUCUGUCGCCUACCUUUCCCGAAACCCUCGAACAUCCCCUGGCUAGGAGAGUCAGAAGCGACCCACCCAGUACAGUCAACCAGGUUGGCCUCCCGAUCUACAUCCCUGCUUUUUCCAAUGGUACCAACAGCUAUUCUUCUUCCAACGGCGGUUCCACGUCUAGUUCCCCUCCAGAACUGAGACGGAAGCACGACUGCGUGAUCUGCUUUGAGAACGAAGUAAUUGCUGCCCUGGUUCCGUGUGGCCACAACCUCUUCUGCAUGGAAUGUGCCAACAAGAUCUGUGAAAAAGACACACCAUCGUGUCCCGUUUGCCAGACAGCUGUUACUCAGGCAAUUCAGAUUCACUCUUAAAUAUAUAGAAGAUAUUAUAUAUGGACUUUUUAAACUCUUAAUGGCGUGGAUGUAAUGGUACCCCCUAAGUAAACAUAUAAUGAAUUCAGACUGUUAUUGGGCUUUCUUGGGGUUAGGCUAACGUUGUUUGUGAGGCAUGUACUUUUUGUUGUUGUUGUUGUUUAA